AUGCACGAACAGGUUAACAAUAAAUCUUUUAUACAAGUCGGUAUUUGUUUUAUUUUCUAUUUCAGGCACAAUGUAACGUUCAAGACGGUCGUUGGUGAAAGCAAUUCUGUUCAACCUGAUGUGAUAGCAUCUUGGUUUGAAACCACUUUACCAACAUUAUUAACUAACUACAAACUAGAAGAUAUUUACAAUGCCGACGAAUUCGGUCUCUUCUACCAAUGCUUACCAAAUAAAACGUAUCACUACAAAUCCGAAAAAUGCUCUGUGGGUAAAAAUAGCAAAGUCCGAAUUACCGGGCUUGCAGCUGCCAAUGCUGUCGGAGAUAAACUACCAAUGUUUGUGAUUGGUAAAUCGAAGAAACCAAGGUGCUUCAAAAAUGUAACAUCCCUACCCUGCAGGUACAGAGCGCAGAAGAAGAGUUGGAUGGACAGCUCUCUUUUUGAAGAGUGGGUGCGAGAAAUCAAUGCAAUGUUUCUAAAAGAAGGUCGAAAGAUAGUCUUGAUCAUCGAUAAUUUUCCCGCUCACUCUGAUGUCGGUGGACUGUCCAACAUUAAAUUGAUUUUCUUACCUCCAAAUACAACUUCUGUGUCACAACCGAUGGACCAAGGUGUCAUAAGAUGUCUUAAGUCUCUUUAUCGCCAAAAAUUGGUCAACAUGAUGAUUCAAAACCUAGAAAAAGGCAAAGAUCUUCCAAAAGUUUCAAUUCUGCGUGCUCUUCAAAUACUUGUUUCGUCGUGGGACAAAGUGAAGAAAGAGACCAUCGUAAAUUGCUUCAAGAAAUCAAAGAUUUCCAAGAAAGCUCAACAGAAUGCAACUGAUGAUAUUGAUAAUCCAUUUAAACAACUGGAGAAAGAUCUCAAACAACUGCGUGCCAUUGACGAUGCCAUUAUUCCUGCUGAUCUCUCGGCCCGUGAUGUUGUCGAUAUUGACCAAGAUUUGACCACAAUCGAAAAUCCCGUGACUGAUGAAGAAAUCCUUGAGUCGGUACGGCCAAGUACAGAUGAGAAUGACGAGGAGCAUGAUGAAAAUGCCGAUGUCGUCGAGGUGUUUGAUGAGCCAGUGAGCAAGCCAACAAAAUCAGAAAUAAACACUGCAGUGGAGACUUUACAAAAAUGCUUGUCUAUUCACUGA